AUGACACAACUGACGCAGGAGAAAUCGGCGGCUGAGGCUGAGGAGCGUGAAGAGCUACUCCGAAAUGAGUCAGAGGAAGAAGAGGAGAGUCAGCAGGAAGAAGAAGAAGAAGAAGUGCCCGCAGAGGACCCUCGAUUCCACCAGCCAACGCCAUCGCCCUUCAAACGAAUACUCUUGCUCUUAUUUAUUGCCUUUCUAUUCUGGUUUGCCAUCGUGCUCGGAAGAGCCAGGAUUUUACGGAGUCAGAAACCUCAAAUUGUAUACGCUAAUAGAUAUUCGACAGAGCACAAAUUCAGACCAGCUGCGAGCCCUAUCAUUACCGAAACUCUGAAAGACGGGAGACUCAGGAUACGAGGAGCUGGGCCAACCGCCAGUGCUACGCCUACGCCGACUCCUGCUACUCCUACCAAGAAGGUCAAGAAGAGGAAAACUGGCAGAAAAUUGGGAAAGAAGGCGAAGAAAGCUAAGCAGUUCAAGGGUGCUUCGAGAUAA